AUGAGUAAUAGUUUAUGGCUGAAUAAUCUCGAAGAUUGGAUGGAUGAAGAGCAAGUAAAGUUGCUCUUCAAUAAUACGCCGAUCUCCGUUACUUACUACCAAGACAGUGAAUCUCGUGCUUUACUUAGAACAUGUAAAGUUGAGUUUCCUUCAGCGGAAGCAGCUGCUAAUGCAUUAAUCACUUUAUCCGGACAAAAGACCAUUUCUGGUAGCCCUAUUCUAUUAGACGUAUUGGCAGAUUGGGAAAAACCGAAUUAUUAUAUGCUUUUUAUUACAAACAUUGAUCCUGAUGUUACUGAAAAUGAAAUAAAACAGCUAUUUCAGUCGUACGGUUGCGUCUCUGCGCGAGUCUUACGCUGCAUGGAUUCAUCAUCAACGAGUUUAGCAUUCGUAUGGCUUGGUUCUUUAGAAGAAGCUGAAAGGGCACAUGUUGAAAUGCAAGGAGCGUUGUGUAUCAAGCGUCCUAUUCUUGUACACUCUAUUCGAUCUGAUCAAAAUACCUAUCUUAAUUCCCCUGGUUUUUAUGGCUCCCCACAACCUGUAAACCAGUUUACGGACCAGAAUAAUACUGCCAUUUUUAUUUCAGGUCUUUCUCCUCAAAUAAAAUCCGAAACCCUUCGAUCUUAUUUUGAACAUCUUGGAGAAGUGCUACAUACUCAAGUAUUUAGUGGUUUUGCUAAAAUCAUAUUUGUGCAGAGACAUAGCGCCGAACGUGCAAUCAAUGAAAUGAAUAACUUUCCAAUCCUCGGUCAAAGAAUUCAAAUUUCCUGGUCUCGGCCUCCCUCUAUGAGUCUUCUUCCUGCCGCGCAAAGUACAUAUUGGCCUGCAUUGCAUGCUCCCAUUUAUCCUUCUUGGGGUACUAUCCCUACUCAUAACUUUUCUCCCUUUACUUCUGUAAAUCGAUACGCAGCAAAAAGUUUAAAUCAACUCACCCAUCCACCUUUACUUCCACCAGGCCUUAAAAAUGGAACGGAUUAUCCUUAUCUUCCAAUCCCACCUACUUUAUUGAAUGACAAAUAUCUUGCAGAGAAGGAAGCUGUGGACAGUCGACUUGAAGCCGACUCCUCUCCGUUAAUUCCAGUGCAUUUUUCUUAA